AUGGGGGAUGGUGUUUAUGCAUGGAAUAAAUCUGUUGGUACCCUGGGAGAGGGGUCCAAUAUUCUUCAACCGCUGACUGAGAUGGAUGGGGUCCCUGUUCUUAUCUGUUCCUAUUGUUGUUACUGUCUCGUGUGGUCUAGUCUGGGUCUCCGUUACAGUCCCUUUAGUGAUAGUCCUUCAACCAAUAACCCACUUUAUAGAGGCUGGAUGUGCCACUAA